AUGUCACCCCCAGCCAACGACAAAUCCAAGUCUGCGAGCUUGAACGCCGAGACUGCCUCCAUCCAGAGCACUUCGACCAUGUCGAGUCUCAAGGCUCUGCUGCACCCCAAGAACAAAAAGGAGAAAACCCGCGUCCCACCCGAGACCAUGGAACAGAAGACCACGAGGACGGAGGCUACUGCCACCUAUAUGGCGAUGAGAUAG